AUGUUCUGGGAGAAUGACUUGCCAAUGGUGUCUUCUCUUCUGGCAGAACUCCGAAGUUGGCGCCUUCAUUGGUUGUCACAGGAAUACCACCCUGAAGGUGCAAUCGAAAGCUUGAAAUCUGCUGAUGAGGAUGUUUUCCCUAACAUCCGUCAGCUGCUCACAAUUGCCGUUACACUUCCAGUUACAAGCACUGAAGCAGAAAGGACAUUUUCUGGCCUUAAAAGGCUGAAGAUGCAUCUGAGGAGUACCAUGGGUCAGGAGCGCUUGACUGGACUGACACUGAUCCACCUGAACCAGGACAAGAAAAUAGUUUCUGAUGAGAUAGUUCACAAAUAUGUGAAAAAGCAUCGCAGACGUAUGUUUGAGAAAUGCAUCCUCUAUCAGUAG